UUCUGGUAAUACUUGUUUACCUUCUAUAAAAUCUAUAGCUUCUGCUAAUAAAUAUUUUUCAUUAUUAAAUGGAAGUUCAAGCUCUGAAGUCAGGUCCCGCUUGCAUCCCGAUCCAUCUCCACCUCACACGAAUUACACCGAAAAGUCUUAG